AUGGGCGCCCUUUCGACCGUCGGCGGCGCCGACAGGAUGGCGGAGACGAGUGGCCCAGAAACCGACAGCUCCUCGCCCACCACGCAGGUUGACCUCGACGUCGUCGAGCUGAGCCGGGGCGUGGACGAGCGCAAGCUAGUGCGCAAGCUGGACCUGCACAUCAUCCCGCUCGUCAUGGGCCUCUACCUCUUCAGCUUCCUCGACAGGGUCAACAUCGGCAACGCGCGGCUCUACGGGCUGGAGAAGGACCUAGGCCUGUCGUCGACGCAGUUCCAGGUCUCCGUGUCCAUCCUCUUCGUCACCUACCUGCUGUGCCAGGUGCCGUCCAACCUGGUGCUCAAGCUCUUCACGCCGCGCCGCUGGAUCACCUUCAUCGUGCUGGCGUGGGGCGUCAUCGCCACGCUCACGGGGCUCGUCAACUCGUACGGCGCGCUGCUCGCCUGCCGCCUGCUGCUGGGCGCCGUCGAGGCGGGCCUCUUCCCCGGCCUCAACAUCUACCUGACGUUUUUCUACAGCAAGCACGAGCUGGCCCUGCGCGUGGGGUACCUGUUUGUGAGCGCGGCCAUCGCGGGUGGGAUGGGCGGCCUGCUGGCCUACGGCAUAGGCCACAUGGAUGGCGUGAGCGGCAUGAGCGGCUGGCGAUGGAUCCUCAUCGUCGAGGGCCUGCCCAGCGUGGUGCUCGGCGUUGUGACGUGGUUUGCGCUGCCUAAUGAUGCGGCGUCGGCGUAUUUCCUGAGCGAUGCGGAGAAGGCCAUGAUGGAGGUGCGCAGGCAGCGCGAGUAUGCGAGCACAAAGUCGAGUCAGGAGUUUAGCUUCCGCGACGUGCGCAGGGCGUUUACCGACUGGAAGGUGUGGGCGUUUUGCGUCGCCGAGUUUGGCGUCGACACGAUGCUCUACGGGUACUCGACGUUUCUGCCGACCAUCAUCAACGACCUGGGCUCGUGGUCGACGGCCGAGGUCCAGCUGCUGACGGUGCCGUGCUACUUCCUGGGCGCCGCCGCCUACAUGUCCAUGGCGUUUGUGUCGGACCGGCUGCGCAUGCGCGGCGUCUUCUGCGUCGUGUUCGGGACCAUCAGCGCCGUGGGCUAUGCCGUGCUGCUGUCGGACUCGGCGCCGGGGGUGCACUACUUUGCGUGCUUCCUGGUCGCGGGCGGGCUGUACGUCGUUGUCGGCCUGCCGCUGGCAUGGCUGCCGAACAACUCGCCUCGCUAUGGAAAGCGGACCACAGCCACGGGCAUGCAACUCACCGUUGCGAGCGCGGCAGGCAUCAUGUCAGCCUACAUAUACCCCAAGGGAGACCAGCCGCGGUACAUCCGCGGGCACGCCGUAUCGCUCAGCAUGGUGGCCAUGGGCACCGCCAUUUACGGCUUCAUGUGGUUCUGGUUCUGGCGGGCGAACCGCCGGCGCGAGAGCGGCGAGAUGAGCGAGAAGCACCGCCAGAUGGACGAAGACGAGCUGAUGGAGCUGGGCGACGACAGCCCGCGGUACAGGUACACGAUUUGA